AUGGAGAUGCAGAAUUCCAACCCCACGAUCCUCAACGUGGCGGAUCUCCCCACUAGAGAUCGCUCCACUAUCAAAGCAGGGGAUUAUAACUCCGGCAUCUUUGCUGCGGUCCCGAAUCCUGCCGACUUUCUUUCAUCGGACUCGGAAGAUGAUGACCUGUUGGAAGAGCCAAUUGACGAGCAAGAGAUCUAUGACUUGAUCAAGUCAAUCUCGGAUCCAGAACAUCCCCUAUCACUGGGCGAACUGGCAGUCGUCUCCCUUCCAGACAUCUUUAUCAAACCAACUCUCCCCAACGUUCCAGAUUCACCUCUUCAGACUGUCGUUGUUUUGAUCACACCGACAAUCACCCACUGCAGUCUUGCAACAGUGAUUGGCCUGGGAGUUCGUGUGCGGUUGGAACAAUCUCUGCCACCUCGCUUCCGCGUCGAUGUACGUAUCAAGGAGGGAACCCAUAGCACGGGAGAUGAGGUCAAUAAGCAGCUGGGGGACAAAGAGAGAGUUGCUGCCGCCUUGGAGAAUGGUGCUUUGAUGCAGGUCAUCGCCAAGAUGAUGGAAACCUGUCAAUAA